AUGAUUAUUCGAACAUUCUGUGUCUUAUUCUUUCUUACCACAGCUUAUUGUGAAAACAGCGUUCAUUGGCAAUGGAGACUAUUAAGUUGCCAAUCUCGAAAUGAUUUGGAGCCUGCUUCUUGUUCAAUCAAGUUAUUGGAGACUGAAAGAGAUGAACAUCCACGAAAUGUUACAUGGAACCCUUGCCAUCAGGAGGCAAUAGAUGGGAAAGAUCGCACUUAUUGUAACCUUUUGUGUCCACAGGCCGAUACUGUUUACUUGAUCAAACGGAGCCCCAAUAAUCAUAGACGAUGUUUUGGCUCUAUCACUUAUAAAAUAGAGAAGAGAGAAACAGACUUUUACAUGUGGACUGAGAAGAAGUGUCGUACAUCUGAUGUUGAAUUUCUUGUUCGUUGUGAAUUCGCCUUCCCUCAUUCCCAUUUUCCCAAAGAUGAUGUUAUCGUUUCGAACGCAAAGAAGUUAAAGAAAUUCUGA